UAAAAUAAAAGAAGUGGCUUUGUUUGUAGAUAGAGAGACACACAGCAGCUCACUGAGGUUUACCUUUGAAUCUUUUCUUCAGGUGACUUUGUCCAGCCUUUCCUCCAUCAUGUCUGCAGUCACAUCCAGUCUGUCCAAACAUCAGGAAAAUCAUCUGCUGUCCCUCUUCAGCCACGCUCGACUCCACCUCCUUUACAAGGCCAGCAUCCACGGCUUCACUGCAGCUGCCUUCCACGGCCGCUGUGACCAGCAAGGACCCACUGUCAUUGUGGCCUACAACGCCGCAGGGUUGGUCUUUGGGGCUUACACGUCCAAGGACUACGUCCAGAGCGGAGUGGCUGUCAGCGAUGGGGAGGCUUUCCUUUACAGCAUCGGUGGCGAGCGAGACAAACCACUCAGAGUGGGGUGUAUCAGUGGGAAGCAUGCCUUCACAGAUGGAGGCUCCGGUCCAAACUUUGGUGCCUUGGUUUUCUUGCAUGAGGACAAGCCUGCAGUGCAAUCCAAUCCAGGAGACUGCUUCAACUUCCAGGGUGCAGAGAUGCAUGGGAAUGACUUGGCACUAACAGAGUUUGAGGUGUAUCGGGUUGAAGGUCUAGGAGAUCUCCUGGAGAAACCUUGGAGAAACAUCCAGUGGACGUCUGAAAGAAAGCAACAACUGAUGACAAGCAUCCAGAACUAUCUGCCUGAAAUCCAAGCAGUCAAUCAAGCCCGGGUGUUGCUGGUGGGCCCCGUUGGGGCCGGCAAGUCGAGCUUUUUUAACUCCAUCAACUCCGCAUUUCGGGGCAACAUGACAUGCCAAGCCAUCACAGGCACAUCAGGGACAAGUGUGACCACUCAGUAUCGCGCCUACAACAUUAAGGCAGGAAGACGUGGUGGGACUCUUCCUCUGAUCCUCUGUGACACAAUGGGGCUGGAGGAAAACGCUGACUCCGGCUUGAACAUUGACGACGUAGUCAGCAUCUUCAAGGGGCACAUGAAGGACCGCUACCAGUUUAGUAGCUGUUCGUCAAUCCUUGAAGAUUCUCCAGGCUAUCAGAAACACGUGACUCUGAACGACACGAUUCACUGCGUGGCGUACGUCAUCGACACCUGCAAGGUGUCACUCCUCAGCCAGAAAAUGCUGGACAAGCUCACUGCCAUUCGGAAGAAGGCCAACCAACUUGGAAUCCCUCAGAUUUUGUUGAUGACCAAAGUGGAUGAAGCCUGUCCACUAGUGGCAAAGGACUUGAAAAAUGUGUACCGCAGUGUUUACAUCCAGAAGAAGGCCCGCCAGUUGAGUGAUUUCCUGGGCAUUCCUUUGUCCUAUGUGCUGCCAGUGAAAAACUACAGCGAGGAGCUGGAACUGGAUCAGAACACCGACAUACUGCUGUUUAUGGUCUUGGAUCAAAUCCUCAACUACGCAGACAGCUACUUUGAAAACCAGAUUAGAGAGGAUCAGGAUGGAAGCAAUGGACCGGAGCUCUACAGAUCCAUCGAUCCCCGCCGAGUUGUGUCACAACAUGACGAGCCUAAGAUUGUUUGAGAUACACAGUUACACAUGUUACUGUGUUGUGGAAGCGUUUGGUUUGCUUAGGUUCUUACCCAUCAGGAGGGUUCUGAUUGACAGCUGCGCUUGGCAUGAGGGGGGAUUGCUGAAAAGUCAACACAAUGUGAUGGGCUAACUUUGAAAGCUCACAUCUACUGAAUCCUAUUCAAUUGGUAUGGCUCCUUUUUUCUAGACUUUGACUGGAUUAAAUUUAUUUGUCUAGCAAACGUGUAAAGGAAAUGAGCUGAACCAGUUUGCCAAUUUGUCAAUUUCUUUAUGCACAAUUACAAAGUCCAAUAAAACACAUUCCACUGGAGCAGUCAUCCAGAAGCUUUGCUCUACGUACUAUCACAAAAUAAAAAUAAUCUACGCACACUCAA